AUCUCUCCAAUGGAGUGCACUUUGGUUCAGAGACCGACAAGUCAACACAUUUACACUCCUAUAUAAACAGCUCAGGCCAGCGGAGCCUCCGACUUUGUUUUAUUUUUCUCAUUUCUGCACAAGAAGAAAAUCCAAACCACCAUGAAUAAUCUGUUGGUCGUUACUGUGCUCGUUGCACUUCUUGCUCUCAGCUCCGAAAGUUUUCGAUUGCCAAGGCAGGCUGAGGAGGAGGAAGGGACUGUGAGUAAGAUCUCAGGCACUGUCAAGUCCUACUAUGACAGCGCCGUGGACACCGUCAGUGGAUACGUGGACAGCAUCAAAGGCCUGAAACUCGAGGAGAAAGCAAAGAAUCUUUACACUGAAACCACCACAGUUGUGAGCACCUACGCUGGUAUUGUUCAAGACCAGAUUUACCACUUCUUCCACCAAUAGAAAAAGGACGUACACAAAUAAAUAAAAAACCAAUUUGAAAUGACCUCAUCUGCCUUUUUCAAGAGAACAACAAUGCUCAGCGUGCACAUGAAAGCGCCUACACAACAUUUGACAACGUAACUUGUCCAACUCUUCACCAAACGGAGCCUCACUGCUGAAAUGAUGCAUAGUGUGCUCUUUUUAAUGCUUUUUUGAACUGAACUGAUAAUACAUAUUGGAGACAGUCAUCCUAACAGCCUGCCUAGAGGAACAGGAUGGACAAAUGUGGCGAGCCCAUGGAACAGUGUAAAAAUCCUGCAGAUAAAGUCAUGGUCUAAUGCUACCAAUUUGUCCUGCAUUUCUCUUAAUUGACUUAAAUCUGUCAUCCCACCCCCAGAAGAAUGUAAAUGUUUGUGUCAUAUCAUGAAAUAAAGUGUUUAUACAAAAA